CCCAUCUCCGGGUAUAUCUUCCUUGCGCUUCUACCCCUCAAAGAGGCGAUUUUCCAAGUGCCUUCACUGCGCACUGCACCCUGUGCUUCCUUUGCUAUAGUUUAUAAGUGACUAAUUGGCUGUGAUGGCAGGAGGCCCACCUAGCAUCAAGGAGGAGAUAGAAAUGUCCAUGAGCGAAGAGCUGGAUCCUAGAAGCCAAAGGAAAAGCCAAGAACAUCUGAUAAUAGAAGAAAUGAUGGAUCAUGGAUCCCGGUCCUCAGGUGCCUCCCAGAGGCGACAUAAGUCGGAACCGAAGGCUGCUGGCUCUGCUGCUACCCAACCAGCUCGGACUACGACUGCCACCCGCGCCAAGAAAGCGGGAUCCCAGUUGCCCAGGAUGCUGCGAGAAGCAGACCAUGGUGAAGCCCAUGUUUCAGAGUAUCCUGGCAGCUUCCAAAGCAUGCAGUUCCCUUAUGAGAGCAACCCCGAGGGAGAUGUGAUUGCAGAGAUUGGCCUGGAAGGACUCAGUGUAUUGGAGAUGGAGGUCAUGAGAAGACAGCUGCACUUCAUCACGAACCGUCUGAAUGCCCUGGAGGAGCAGGGCGCCACCUGGCGCCAGAGGGAUGCCCUGUUCUUCACCUUGCUGGUGUCCACCUGCAUUGCCAACCUGUGGCUGUGGAUGCGCCAGUGAGGCUUCACACUGCUGCCAGCACGCAGAGCCCUCCCUCUUCCCCUCUUUCCUUCUCUCCCUGGCUACCCUUGCCCACCCUCCUUCCAUCUCCCAGUGGUCCUCAGGCAGCAUCAGGACCACUUUUCAAAUCUGGUUGGGCCCUCUGCUUAGGGAGGGCCUCACUUGUUGGGAAGCCCUGAGCAGGUAGAGAUGCUGCCCCUUUGGAGGGUGAGGAGGGCGGCACUGGGCUCUGUGGGAACAGCAGUGGAAGACACCUCUUGCUGGCCUGUUUGGGCUCCCUGGCCUUGCCUUGGUGACAUCAGCUUGGCCCCUUCUGUACCAUUCUCUGUGGGCAAGGGUUUAGCUUUGUCUUCCUUCCUGGUUUGCUUCCACAUGGCACAUAAGGCUCUGUAUGGAGAACAAGCUCAAUAAAGGUCUAUGUUAG